GCUGUGGCGCUGUGGCCCGCGAAGCUUGUCGUGUAAACACGCCGUCGCCGCUGCCCCCGGCGCCGAGGCUGCCCCAGACGCAAGAAUCGACCAAGGCACCCCACCACAGCACGCCAACAGCGCCGCGGCGGGAGCACGUUACCAAUAUCCAAGCGCAAAGCGCCUAGCGCCAAAGCGCCCCACCGAACGCCAGGAUGCCGGGACCAACAAAAGCCUGGGACAACUCGUUUGCGUACGGUGCGGGCCGCGACCCGAAACCGUACAAGAGCGUCCACGUCGGCACGGGCGGCGAGAACGCCAAGUCCGACGCGUGGUUGCAAAAGUCGAUGUCUAAUCUAGAGAAGACAGGUGGGAGUGCGUACAGAAACAACAUGUCCGAGAAGGACCGCGAGAAGCUGCUGUCGAGGAUGGCCGCCGCUGGCAGGGAGUACAACCGGGGCCACAUCACGGAGGCGGCCUAUGGCAGGUACGUUACUCAGCUCUUGAAGGGUAAUAAACGACAACAAUUGAAAGACAUUCACAACUCGAGGAGGCCCUCCAGUUCGCCGUCGUUAGGUCGCCGAGCGCCCGUCGCCGAGGGCCGCAUGGAGCGGCCCCAGCUCGCUGAUUCUCUACCGAGAAGAACGAUCCGAGGCCUGGACACGUCCUAUGAACAAAAAGUGCGGGCUCGCUCGGCUCGGCAGCGGACCCGAGCCCUAGCCUGGAUGGAGAAGGUCGCGAAAGAUGAUCAAGAUGUAGAUGAUGAGCUGGAUGAUGCGCUGCCGCUCCGAGAAGGCGCCGAGGAUCGAUCCGAGCGCGAGGUUACUGUGAGUAAGGCGCCGCGUAGUACGACGUCUGCGGCUCUGAAGGAGGCUCUCGAAGGGCAGUUCGGUCGGGUGAAUCGCGUCGAUCCCAACGGACGGGGGCAGUUCCUAGUACGCUUCAAGUCAGCAGGUGAUGCGCGACGGUGCGCGAAGGCUGGGAGGUGCUUGCUCAAGACGCGCGUGUUGGCGAUCAUCCCGCGGGACGGCGAUGUCCAGGGCGUGAAGAAGAUCUGUAGCAAGUUCGGACGCGUUUUGAGUUGCUUGGAAGUGAUCGACAACGGCAAUAGGGGAGCCGUGGUCACGUUCGAAACAGCAGGUGCAGCUUCAAGGGCCGUGGGCGAGCACCCGAUCACGGCGCCGAACGAACUUGAUAUAAGUGGCAUCCCCGCCGGCUCAACCGCGGAGCACGUGUCCUCGGCUCUAGGCGGCAAGCGAGACGUAGUACGUUGCUCGUUAGAUCCGGACGACCGCUCCAAGGCCAUUGCGGUGAUUGUGAACCCGACGAUCGCGUCGCGACUUGUGGGGAAGAAGCUCGAGAUUGGCACCGUGUCCCGAGGCGGUUCGGCUUCUGCGCUAGAAAGAGCCCAGUUCCAAGCCAGCAACGGAAGAAAUAGGGGCCCCUGGGGCUCGUGCCUCGUGUCGAAACCCUACGCGGACAACGCGAACCACAGCUAUGGGUGGGACCGAGGGCCCACCAAGUGGGACGAGUUCAAAAAAAGAGCUGCUGGUACUUAUGAUAGCAAGGCCGGCCAGAAGCUGCCGGGCAAGGCCCGGGCCUACACGACGACGAAGCACUACCUGUCUGCUGCGCUGCGCAAGACGACCCUGGAAAUCGGCUCGCACGACGUCGAGCUGAUCGUGUCUUCGAACUAAGCCUCCCCCCUCCGAGUAAU